GUCAUUGUUACAGUGUGUCGUUACGUAGGGAGGCGUGUGUGACAUUUGCUGCAAGCAGCUAGUUUGCGAACUGCUAGCUGGAUAAAGAUGAAGAACUACGGAAGGAAAUAGGAAAUAUGUUACCUUAUUACAACUGAGUUCAGCUUUGUGUUGCACUUUGCUACCAUAUGCAAAUUAGAGAAGACAGUUUAUAUCAAAUGUAGCGUUAAGUAAAACUUCCUGUCUGGAUAAACACGUUAAAUCGUGGGCUAACGUUUUCUCUUAACUUAUUCAGCAACAUUAAAUGUGACUGACGGAUUUCGGGUUGAGGUUGUUGUUCUGAGAUGCUGAUACUAAUCCGAUAAUUAUUUUUGUAAGUUUUUCUUUCUCUUUUUUUCUUUUUUUUGCAGCAUGGGCGGGCAUUAGCGCUCAAGCUGACUUGGCUAACUGCGGUUUGCACGCAAGGUUAAAAUUAGCUUUAGCCAGCUAGCUCUUCAUUUCUCUUUUGCUGCAGCAGCUUUCUUACUUUCUUAUGCUGACUUGUCAGAGCAGGUGUGCUGAAAGUAGGCCAGGUGUGCUGUGGGAUAGAUAAGGUGCACAGUCUUGCAUACUAGCUGUGUGCUGUACGGGAACCUUACUGUACUACAGUCUGCUUCAGGGAUUUUUUGUUACUUUAGUAGAACCAGUGGUGGGAUCAUGCUGCUCUCCUUGGUUGUGCACACAUACUCUCUGCGGUACUGGUUACCAGCCACGAUCAUGCUGGGGACAGCCCCAGCUUAUUUGCUGUCAUGGGGGGCUUGGCGCUUUCUUUCGACUGUGUUACCUGCCAGACUGUAUCACAGAUUGGACGACCGUUUGUACUGCAUUUACCAGAGCAUGGUCCUCUUCUUUUUUGAAAACUACACAGGUGUUGAGAUUGUUAUUUAUGGAGAUAUACCAAAGAACAAAGAGAACGUGAUCUACCUGUCUAAUCAUCAAUGUACAGUUGAUUGGAUCAUUGCUGACAUGCUUGCCAUCAGGCAGAGUGCUCUUGGUCACGUCAGGUAUGUCCUUAAAGACGGACUGAAGUGGCUCCCGCUGUACGGAUGGUAUUUCUCUCAGCACGGAGGAGUCUACGUGAAACGAAGUGCAAAGUUUAAUGAAAGGUCGAUGAAAAAGAAGCUCCUCACUGAGGCAAAAUGUGGAGCACCAAUGUACCUUGUCAUCUUCCCAGAAGGAACUCGAUAUAAUCCAGAGCUCAAGAAUGUCAUCGCUGACAGUCAAGCUUUUGCCACAAAAGAAGGGCUGGCUGUUCUGAGGCACACACUUACACCCAGAAUGAAGGCCUCUCUUAUAGCCAUCGAGUCCAUGAGGGAUCACUUGGAUGCUGUGUAUGACAUCACUGUGGCCUACGAGGGAACGCUGGACACCUCUGGUCGAAGAAAACCUGCACCGUCAAUGCCGGAAUUCCUGUGCAAAGAAUGUCCUCGGGUCCACAUACACUUCGACCGUGUGGACAUAAAGGAAAUUCCUGCAGAGCCAGUGUUUUUCCGCAGGUGGCUGCACGAGCGGUUCGAAAUCAAGGACCGGUUGCUGACGGACUUCUACAAGUCGGAGGAUGCAGACAAAAUAUGCAAGUUCCCCGGAGAAGGCAGACCUUCUCCUCUGAACCUCUCUAAAACUCUCCCAUCUGUGGUUAUCUUGGGGGGACUGACACUGCCGAUGCUUCUGACGGAGAACGGCAGGAAACUGUACGUGAGAACCUGGGUUUACGGGACACUGCUGGGCUGGCUGUGGGUGAACGUUUUUCCUUAAUGAACAGGGGGCGGUGGCUGCCACGACGAGACGCACAAAAGACACGGAGAGACGGUGCCAUUUUCCUGUGACAGAUUCACGCAAGGUGUUUUCCAGAUGCAGAGCAGCGCCUGAUAAGAGGCUCAGAGAUUUAUCCCACAUGUCUGCCUCACUGACGACCUUGAGCUGAAAGCUAAAAGGAGAUACAGAGAAAUGUUAAGCUCUUAGUGCUACUUGUUCCCUCGCGUUAUUUGGAUUUGCAGCCUGAACUGACGAGAAAACAUGAGUAAAGUAUUAGAUUUCUCAAAAAUACCCCUUGAUCUCUACUAAAAUAAAGAUAGCUAUAUACUUCUCUUUAAAUAACCCUCCCCCCCUUCCCUUUAUCAGAUUUAGACAAAAUUAGUAUUCUUGCAUGCUCACUUCCUCAUCAAACAUUGGCCAGCGGUAAAGAUCUUAUCACAUUUAUUUUUGAAAACUCAAAACAUUUAAUAAUCGUGGUCAGCUACUGUAUGUAACUGACAAUAUAUAGUGAUGAUGAAUCAUUAAUUAUUAAAUGCACUGACUGGUUGACAUUGAUCGGAAGUCCCAGGUCAGAAAGAUUAUGCACUUUGCUCAUUUAAAGUGAUGUUUUUUUUACAUUAGUAGAACAAAACAAACAUCACGCAUUCCUCCAUAUGGUUUCAUAAAUAUGACACCAGCUGCAUUGUUUACCAUAAAUAUGCAUCACAUAGUUUUAUACUGAAAAUGAAUGUAGCCGUUAAAAAUAUUUCCUUUAUGCAAAAAAAAAAAAGAGUGAAUAAUUGUCUUUUAAUUUCCCAAGCUGAAGAUUUUACUGAUAUUAAUAUCCUUACAAUCUGUUGUACAUUUUGGAUCAAAUAUUUAUCACUGAUGAUGGCACAGUAAGCUCGUAUGGAGGAGUGCAUGAUAAAAAUGAAAAUGUUCCACCAAUGUAAAAUAUUGCUUUAAGGUUGAAAUGUCAGUCAUUGCCAAAACCUGGUGUGUUUGCCAUGAUGUUCUACAAGUGUUUUAAUUUGAACAGUACUUGUUUUAAUGUCAGCCUGGAUAACAAAGCAGCAUAAUGUCUUUUUUUUUUUUUCUUUUGUUUGGCCUGAAUACAUUAUAUUUAGAUUUGUUUGAUAAAGGUUACAUUGCUUUUAUAUGCAUUUGUUACACUGAAUGCUGUGCUACAGCUCACCUGAAAGUACUUACUUAGCAAAAAGCUGACAAAGCCAUGUUAACAGUAUGUCACAGGAUCCUGUGCACUCGAAGCCAUUUGUAUUAUAAUUAUCACUGUAUCGUGAAAUGCACUGUAUGUCCAUUGUUGUUUACUGUAAUGAAACCAUCGCAUUUUUCAUGAGUCACAUUACAUAUGUGCCGUCUUGUCUUCCUCGUUAAUAUGUUUUCCUCAUGUCUACAGUACAGUAAAUCUCAUGGUUCUAAACGUCACUCCAAUACCUCACUUGAAUAAUCCUUCCUUGUUCUUAAAUGACCCUUGUCAGCCUUUUUAUAGUCAUUUUUAUCCUGACAAGAUCAGACUCUAACUCAUCAGGAAAUUCUAUGAAGACAGUAUUUAAAUGCCAACGGAUUUUGGAAAUGUGUGCCUUCUCUUUGGAGGAGCUGGUCCUCAGCCCUCACAGAGGGCCACAGUUGCUCUUUUCCACCUGCACGUAGGUGCCGCGCUGGAGCUGCUGCUUACUGCAGCAUGUGGUCACAUUGUCUACACUUCAUAGUGGCUUACUAUGUUCUAAGAAUGCAUUGAUUUACACUUUUCAAGGACUCUUAUUAAAUGAUGAAACCUUUAAUGUGUUUAAGAUCUGGAAAUGCGGGAUCAGAGUGAAAUAAAAGCAAUUUUCUUUGGG